AGAUCACUACCCAGGAUGCUCUGUUAGGAGGAGUAAGUGAAAUUGAUUGUCGUCAGAACUAGAUUGCCAUAUGAGUUCUGAAAAGCGCUUGGCUCCUGAGGAUAACUGCUCUAAAAAUAGAUCUGGAGGAGAGGUUUCUCUUGGGUCCAGUUUCGGGUUCCAGCUGAGCUGGCUUUAGGAAACUUGUUUGCUCCUGUUGCAAGACUACAGUGAGGAUAAAUCGUUUCUUAUUCUGCCUUCAACAUUAAUUUUUGGAGAUACUGACACACUCGCUUUCUCUGUGGAAAUCAAGCACUAAUGUUAUGGCUGACGACACAGAGACUAAGCAUGGAGGAAGCAAAAAUGGAAAGAAAGAAGGCCUCUCUGGAAGCUCAUUUUUCACCUGGUUUAUGGUAAUUGCUUUGCUGGGAGUUUGGACAUCAGUAGCAGUUGUCUGGUUUGAACUUGUAGAUUAUGAAGAAGUUCUAGGCAAGCUUGGGAUAUAUGAUGCUGAUGGAGAUGGAGAUUUUGAUGUGGAAGAUGCUAAAGUAUUGCUAGGUGAGGAGCCAGGAGGGGUAGCCAAGAAAAAAACUAAAGUCAAAGUAAAAGAAGCUAUUAAAGAACCGCUCAAGAAAUUAAGGGAGAAGCAGGAAUCCAAGAAGGAGGAAAUCAAAGAUGAGGAAGAAAAAAAGAAAGCCAGGAAAGGAAAAGAUGCUACUGAUCGAAAGGACAAGAAAGCUCUUGAUACGAAUAAAUUAAAGAAAGAUUCUGACAAGGCUAAAAGAGACAGAGGAAAGGAAAAAGAAAAAGGCCUAGAUAAAAAUGUAAAAUCCAAGGAGACUACAAAAAAAUCAGCCAGUGAAAAGGAUGGUACUAUUCAGGUGGGAAAAGACAAAGAAACAAAAAAGAUAGUUAAAAACCUAUCCAAGGAAGACAAGAAAGAAAAGAAAUAGAGUUCUGGUUCUGCUAAUGAGGAACAGACCUCAAGAAUGAGAAAUUCAGCAUAUUUAUAUGAAUGUGGUAAAUACAGAAUAAGAAGAUACAGUUUUCUGGAAAUAGGUGUGAACAAAGGCUAUAUAUAAUAAUUUUUUGAAAACUGUUAAGCGUGUGCUGGCAUUGUAAACACAAAGCAAAAACGUCUGCUGUGAAACUGAAAUAUGUAAAUAAUGUUAAUAUGUCUGGUUAACAAUGUGUAUUGAAAAUGGAAAUGUCAAACUGAUGCCAGUUACUUCAAGCAUACUCUCAUUCUGUGAGGUUUUUUUUUCCUUUUCUUGUUUCCUUGUAUUAAAAUGCUAUUUUAUUGAUGUGGGGCUAAAAGUGUAAUGUUGUGUAUCAAAUGCAAGUUUAAAAGCAAUAUUUAGAGGAUUAUCUGGACAUAUAUAGUGGAAACUCACAGGAAGGUAUUUCUGUUUCAUUAAAACAACCAAGAGGAGCAUUGAUAGAAUGUAUUGACAUAGGAAUUUUGCAAAUAAAUGUAAAUUAUUCCCUGCUAAACUUUUUUCCCCUAAGUGGAGUAAGAAAACUACUUCAUACAUGAACACUCAAACCAGCUUGCUUAUGAGACUUCAGAAAUAACCAACCAAAACAUUGCAACACUUAUGUUUAUUGACCCUGUGACAAUACAUUCUGCUUUCUUCUUUAUUUAUUUUUUAGUUAUCUUUAGGUCUGAAAAUUUGUUUCAUUGUCACUUCACAGUUAACCGUGUCCUGAGUUUUCUGAGUUUUCCAAGCUUGUGGUAAUGAAUUAGGCUACCACUGAUUGGUAUUGUUUGAUUCCAAUCACAUUUUAAGAAGUGAAAAGCUACUACUACUACUGUAUUUUGGUUGAACUUGAUUAGAGAACAGCUUAUGUAUUUUUGUGACUAUUAUUUUCUUCAAACACUUUUCAAGUACAUGAUACUUCUGUAAGCAAGCUCUUCUGUUAGUUUGCUCUUAUAGCUUCUGCAUUUUUAGCACAAAGGAGCGAUUUAUCCAGCCCUCUUGUUUUGUAACUUUGUUUAUUUUACAUUUCUCUAGAUAUAUUUCAGUUUGUUUUUGAAUCUAUAUUUGCUUUCAAGUUUAUAUGGGAAAUGAACAUUUUCUAAUUUUACUAGACAAAUAAUACUGCUUAGUAUAUUUAAUUGCACAGUAAAAUUACACAAGAUUCAGAACAAAAUUUAAAGUGACAGUUGAAGGUUUUAUUAUUGUUAUACUGCAGUAUUAUUUUAAAGAAAACAAAAUUAAGGAGCAAAAUUGAGCAUGAGCAGCAUAUGCAUAUGGGUGAUGGUGUAAGUUUAAAGUCCUGAAAGUUAUGUUCAUGGUUUUGCUUAAACUUUGUGUAUAACAGUUGGCAAUACACUUACUUCAGACUUUUGAUACAGCACAUACUUGUCUGUAAGAUGCUUUGAUCCCUAGAGGUAUAAGAUGUGGUAAGAGGGUAAGAUAUAAUCUGAUUUUUCUUUUUUUUUAAGGGAAAAUUAUGAAAAAUACUUCAAAUGAAAGCAAUAGAAAAUAGUACAGUGGCUUAAGAUUCUAGCCGUGAUAAUUAACAGAGAUGAUAUACUGAGCUAUUUUCUAAAUAUUUAUAUAUGUGUGAAGAAGGGAAAAGUGUAUGUUGUGAACAUUAUAGUGCUCAGCAAAAAAACUUGACAGAAUGAAGAUCUAAUAAAUGCACUUGCAUAAUGAACAUUUUCUCUUAGGUUUCAGUGAUGGUAGACAUGUUUACUCAUCUUUGCUCCGAUAAGUGUUAAGAUACAUAUUUGACAGAGGAGCACUCAAAUCACAUGAAUGGUGGCACAAUGGUAUACUGCACAUCACUUUUUAUUUUCUUCCCUAAUCGGACAGAAGUUGUAACUCUGGGAGUGAAAUUUCACAUGAGUUGCCUUUCUGAUUAAUAUAUUAUUGUAUCUAUAGCUCUGGUUCUGCACAAUCUGGAUCUAAAAAAGUUUGUUUGGUUAUUUUUGUUUUUUUGAAAGACAUUUUAUUUGAGCAGCACUUCAAGCUAUACAGAUAGCCACACAAUAAAAUGAGAUUUUUGCCUCAAUGAUCUGUUGUGCUGUUGUACAUCUCUAUGAAAAAUUAUUGUCAUUAAACUUAACAUGGUGAGUUACCUCAUAAGCUCAAAAAAUGCACCACACAAGUGAAAACUGAGUGCAACUUUAUUUUAAUAAAAAGAUGAGAGAAAAUAGUAUCUUGCAAAAAGUAAAUGACUUAACAUAUUAUAUACUCAAGAGGACUGAAUAGGAAUCAGUGGUAAACGUGUAAUAGAAGUGUAUAAAAAGCUUGAAAGCAAAGUUAGUUGAGAAAUGUGCCAGCAAAACAAAGAAAUAUUCUUGCUAGUCCCUUUUUUCCUUUUACACACUGUAAGCUUGUUGGCUGUGAAAUAUUGAUUAUCUUCUGAAAUACUUAAAAUCCGUUUAUUAUUAAUGAAACAAAGCAAGUGGUUGUCUGGAAUUGGAGAUGUGUUAUUGUCUCAUGUUAUUGGAGAACAUGAACACACUUAUUUAAAGAGGUCUCUAUGUAAGGGUAGUGAAUUGUAUUUGUGAAAGCAGGGUUGCUGUUACUACGUUUCCAAAUUCUGAAGUGUGAGACAGUAGCUAAUAUAAGUAACUAGUUUUGUCUCCAUAUGUAGUUAAAGAUAAUUGUAAGACAAAGUAAAUUCUUACUCUUGUAGCCAUUAAUAUUACUGCAGCAAAAGAAGAAUGUAAGUCUUAAUAAUAUUUUGUAAUAAUUCAGGGUUAUUUUAAUGACAAAGAAGAAAAUUGUUAAAAAAUUUUAAGUGUAAAUUCAGCUUUUUUCUUCUAGCUUCUGGUCUUGACUCCAUAGUAGCGGACUUUUAGUUACAGUACUUUUAGAUAGAGCUUAACUACUUAUCUUUAUGUAAUUUAAAUAACAUAAAAAGGUGUAAGUAGAAUUCAUUCUGUUAUUCCUGUUCCCAUUACUUAUGUAGAGUAAUGGAAUAAAUGUUUUUCUCAUGAGUCAAAAAUCUUUCUAGUGUACACAAAGUUGUCAAGAGGCAUACUAGUCCUAAUUGUAUUGAGAUAUGUUUGACUGCAGUAGAAAUCUAGUAAUUAUUAAAAUACAAAACAACUUUACUGGCUUGAAAUAGAAUACUUAUAUUGAUUCGCUUAAAGUUACUGGAGAUUGUUAUCAUUGCAGGAGUGUUCAUUGUAGUGUAUCAUCUGCUUUCUUAAAUUCUGUUUUUCUGUUGAUUUCUGUGCAUAUAGCUCUAGAGAAACUAGUUUGUUUGGGGCAGUGUGUGUGUGUUUAAGAAGAUAGUUUUAUCUUAAUUGACCUUGGAACUUAUACCUAAAUAUAAACCUAGGAAAAAUUAUGUAGGACUAUAGGAGAAUUACAUUUGGUAGGGACUUCAGGAGAUCCUUAUUCUAACAUCCUUCUCAAAACAAGGUCAUCUCUGAGGUAUACCAGGUUAUGCUGGCCUUUACCCAGCGUGGUCUUUAAAACCUCCAAAGAUGGGAAUGCACAACCUUUCUGUGCAGCCUUUUCCACAGAUUUGACUGUCGUGAAAGGGUGUGUGUGGGUGCGUGUGUGUAUGUGUAAUUUUUUCUUAUAUCCAGUCUGAACUUGUCUUGUUUAAGUCUUGCUUGAAUCCUUCAUAAGGGAUAGUUGAGAGGAGGAUUAGACUGAUACCAGUACAUUCUUUCUUAAGGAUGUGGUGUCUUAAGAUGUGGCAUAAUCUUCCAAGGCUAUGAAUUAUCUUUAUCUGCUACCAUGGUGUUGAUCGUUCCAGUUAUUGGUUGCUUUCUUUUAAUUGUGUUUUGAUCUAAAAAACCUCUGUGGUAUAGAUAAUAAGCAUCUGACUUUUGAAAUUCCACCAGUCAUACUUUUUCCGUGGUGAUUUAGUUGUCAAAAGAAACUGGAGAUUGAGAUCACUUAUUCUGAAGAACCUACAGUUCUCUUCAACAGAUCUAAGAGUUAACAUACAAAUUUAAAAUACCUGUUAUUCUGAGCAUCAUUUUGUAAAGUUCAAAUUAGUUCUCCAUAAAACCUAAAAAUGCUGAUCACAUGAAGCACUUUUUGCCCAAAGAGAAAAAUGGUAAGGAAAAACCUUCUGCCUGUUUUUCUCCUGGAUACUGAACAGAUGUUGAGAAUAGCAUAGUCAUUUGUUCAGUCUCUUUGAAAUAAAGGCAAGUGCUUAAAUUUCUGUCCCUUUUUUCCCCUUGUGUGUUUGUCUUCAAAACAUUUGUUUAUUAUCUGAAUACACUUUAGUCUUCAUAUAUAUCACUGUAUAUCAGGACCACCCUGUAAUUGUAAUUAAUUGUUUGAAUGCAUUUUGGAGAGUUUAACAUUAAAUUAAUUUAAUGGAUGCAACUUUCUUAGUUUAUAAUUGAAUCAGAUCAAAAGGAGUAUAAAGUUAACUUUAUAACUGAA